AUUGUCCCGAGGUAAGGCUAUUCACACAUAAGCCAGUUUUACCACUUAGUUUAUUAUCAGGAUAACAAAAGGCAGCGGCUAGAGCUGCCAAUUCCAAGCCCUUGGGGGUUUAUUUAGUCCCGCAUCAGCGCUGUCAAGACGAGCCAUUGCCAGAAACGUUGCUUUAUUGUUGUGAAUAAAUAUUCAUGUUCCUGGCAGCUAUUCACGAAUUCAUGUGUUGAGUCGUAUCGAUAUUUGUGCUUCUGCCCAACGCUUGCGUAGUCCAUGGUACCAUCACAACGUUGUCUUUAUAUAUUUGCAUCGCGUUAUUUUCGUUUGUAAAAAAAAUAUACAGUACGGUGCAUAUUUUUUUCUGAUUGCUUAGAAUCUUUCUAAUGUUAUUUUGCAUUUGUGUUUAAAAUGUGACGAUGAAGCUUUGUGCCAGAAAAGCGUCACGUGUGUAAACUAAUGUAACAUUGACUUACGACGACGUUGCAAUGCUGUGGUGUUUUACAAAAUGAGAGUCAUUGCAUUGCGAUUGACAUCACUCUUGCAUAGCUAUUAUUACUAUUAUUAGGUAAUGUUCAUUGCUACCUAAAAGUCUUAUUGUUCUUUCUUUUAUAACUAAUUGAAUAAGUAUCGAUGAUGGGGAGCACUUCGCCGGACGAGGGGGAAGGGCCUCGUGACGUCACUGGAGCGCUGCUGCUUUGUGGGAGGAGCUGAGCGCGGACACGCGGAAGUGGGUGGGCUCUCCCCACUCACUCUCCCCACUUACCCUCCCACUCACUCUCCUCUUACUCUCCCCACUUACCCUCCUCACUCACUCUCCUCUUACUCUCCCCACUUACCCUCCCCAUUCACCCUCCUCUUACUCUCCGCACUCACUCUCCUCCCACUCUCCUUACUCCGGUGCGAGGCUCACCCGGCGUGGACAGCCGCGCCUUGCGAUAGCAUCGCACACAGCGAGCAGCCGGGCACAGCCUUAGGGCUGCAGCGACCAACGACUGCUCGUGGAGCUGAGAGUGGGAGACUGCUGGUGGAGUUGAGAGUGGGAGACUUCUGGUGGAUUUGAGAGUGGGAGACUUCUGGUGGAGGUGAGAGUGGGAGACUUCUGGUGGAGGUGAGAGUGGGAGACUGCUGGUGGAGGUAACAGUGGGAGACUUCUGGUGGAGGUGAGAGUGGGAGACUUCUGGUGGAGGUGAGAGUGGGAGACUUCUGGUGGAGUUGAGAGUGGGAGACUUCUGGUGGAGGUGAGAGUGGGAGACUUCUGGUGGAGGUGAGAGUGGGAGACUGCUGGUGGAGGUAACAGUGGGAGACUUCUGGUGGAGGUGAGAGUGGGAGACUUCUGGUGGAGGUGAGAGUGGGAGACUUCUGGUGGAGUUGAGAGUGGGAGACUUCUGGUGGAGGUGAGAGUGGGAGACUUCUGGUGGAGGUGAGAGUGGGAGACUUCUGGUGGAGGUGAGAGUGGGAGACUGCUGGUGGAGGUGAGAGUGGGAGACUUCUGGUGGAGUUGAGAGUGGGAGACUUCUGGUGGAGGUGAGAGUGGGAGACUGCUGGUGGAGGUAACAGUGGGAGACUUCUGGUGGAGGUGAGAGUGGGAGACUUCUGGUGGAGGUGAGAGUGGGAGACUGCUGGUGGAGUUGAGAGUGGGAGACUUCUGGUGGAGACCGUGGCCAUGGUGCGCGUGUACGGCUGCCACCCGUUCUGCGGGCAGGAAGUGCUGCCCGUGUGCGAGGAGCCGUCGCUGUUGGCUAGCGGCUCGCGCACCGUGCUGGCACUUGCCGCCACCAGGGCCCUGCUGCUGCCCGUGCAGCUCGGCCCCACCGCCCGUGCCCUGAGGCCCUUCCCGGCCGCGGGAGACAGUGUCACCGCCAUGGCCUACAGCGAGACCGGCGACUACGUGGCCACGAUCGAGAGCAGCAAGAGGAGCCCGCCGACGGUGCGAGUGUACGUCAACUGGCGCCAAACGUCGCCGCAGCACGCCCAGAGAGCCGGCACGUCCGCCGACGGGCCCCGGCCACCAAACGGCGACGACUUUGCCGGCGUGACGCCAGUCGGCCAGGCGGCGGCGGCGGCGGCGACUCCGCGGUACCGCGUGCGCAUGGCCGGCCACGCGCUGUCGCGGCAAAAGCACGGGGCCCAGAGGUCGCCCUCGCACGAGUCGGCCACCCACGUCAUCGAGAUCAGCAUGCAGGAGCAGCCGUUGUGCCUGGCGUGCUGUCCGACCACCGGCAACCUCCUGGUGGGAGCGGCAGGAAAGCGCCUCGGCCUAUUCUGCCGCGUUGCCCACGUCCAGCGAAAGCUGCCGGCGCACGGCGCCAGCUCCGAAACGGACGAGUCCGGCUCCGAGCACGAGUCCUCCGACGGCACCGACGACCCGAACCUCGUCGACUUUGAGCGAUUUGCCGUGCUCACUGUCGCGUUUUCGCCGCUGGAGGUGGCCCUCUGCGAGAACUACCUGGCCUUCCGCUCGGAGAUCGACGUCCAGGUCCUGCAAGUGGACAUGGGGGCCUUUGCCGGCAAGGGCCUUCGCCAAGACGGCAGUCCCUCGGCGAGACCCGCCUCUACGCCCGGCACGGCCGCCGAGCUGCGGACGGCGAUCGGCUCGCGCGAGGUUCCCUACCGCUGCACCCAGCUGCCCGACGCCCCCUUCCAGGUGGAGUGGGCCGGCAUGCCAACCCUCAUGCACAACCUGGGCAACUCCCUGCAUUUCUCCUCCAUCCUCUACAGGAAGUUCGUGCCCAGCUUGUCCGCCCAGGCAGCAAGGGAAGAUCUCCUCCACUCUCUGCAGCUCGUCCCCAUCUACGUGCACAACUGGCACGAGGCGCGGACGAAGCCGCCGCUGGGCGGCGAGCGGCAGAUGGCCGCCCUCAGCUGCUUCUUCAGCCAGUCGCGCGAGGGCUUCCUCUACGACGUGCUGGACAGCACGAGGCUCGUCUCGCACUACCAGUACUCGGCCGUGUCCCUGCAGGCCGCGCUUGGGACCCACCUCCUCUACGUCGUCACACGAGAGAACUUGGAAUGCUACACUGUUCACAGUGUGACCCUGGCAACCAGAAGAUCGGACCCCGAAGUAGAUGGAGAGAGGAAGGCCUGUCCGCCGCCCAGCCUGGAGGUGUGCUCGCUGCGCAUGCAGCACUUCAUAGGGCUGCAGCGUGUGUGCGUGUCACGUGACCACGCCAUCCUCUUCACACGCGCCGGCCUCAGAGGCACCAGUACACCCAGACGGCCGCAGCGGCCGAAGAUGAGGCCAGACGGGGGUGCAGGGGAUAAUAACACGGGCUGGAAUCUCUACGCCCUGCACCUCACCCCGCUGAUACAGCUCUACAAUGAGAUGGUGGAGUACGGGCAGCAGUACGAGAGCACCUGCCCGGAGUCGCGCCUGCACCUGCUGUGUGAGGGCCACCUCCUGCUGCGGGCGGCCGCUCUCGCCGCAGGCCCCGGCUGGACCGAGGCGUCCGCCGCCGAAUUUGCGGCCGCGUUUCGCGAGAGCUGCGCGCUGCUCGGGGACCAGUACAGCCGCCUCACCGUGGACGACUGGCGGCUGGCGUUGCCGUAUUACCGCAUGGCCGGCCUCAACGCCGCCGCCGUCCUGAGCCGGCACGCGGCGUCCACGAGGGCGUACGGCAGGGGCCUCCUGCACUGCCUCUACGGCAUGGCCUGCGAGCGCAAACUCCUCCAGCAGGAGACGGCCGACCGGGUACUGCAGGUGUUCAGCACCGUGGAUCCGGCGCGCGUGCCGCACCUGGUGGCGUGCCCCGGCAUGGCCCUCGUCUCCCCGGCGCUCGCGCGCCAAGCCCUCGUGCCCCCCGCCGACGGUGACGCCGCCGCCGCCGCCGCCGCCCCCGCCGCCGCCGCCGCCGCGGCACAGAAGGCCCCGGCGUCGCCUCUCUGCAGCCUCGCGGCGGCGUUCGUGUCGCUGCGCGUGGACGACGACGACGCUUCGGAGGCGGAGGCGAUCCUGGCGGGGAUGCGCCAGGCGAGUGCGGUGCCUGCGCUCGUUCCGCUUGGGCAGCCCGGCGAAGCCGUCACCCGAGAUUCGAGCGAGCUUUUUGGCCAGCCGGGUAGGAGGGGCGGCCGUGGGUUAUUGGUGGGCAGGGAGAGCGGGAGUGCUGGUGGACAGGAGGGCAGGCUAGUAGGAUGGCAGUAGAGCAAGUGGGCAGGAUAGCAGGAGGGCAGGAGGGAAGAGAAAGUGUGGAGGGCAAUGAGGACAGGAUAGAAGGAGAGCACGCGAG